GUGCAACUCUAUUUCAGUUCAAAUAAGAUAUUUUAGGCUUACGUGUUGUUUCAUCUUGUAGCUAAAGGUAGGCUAUACAUGCUACAACUUAGUACAAGCCUAUUUUAAGAAUAGCUUCUGUCAGGACUUCUAAUCUAUGCCACUGGUCUAAGUGACUGUCUAAGUGACUGUCUAAGUGAUAUUGGGUUUUUCUUGAUUUGGUUCAUGAAUGCCUGUAUGGUAGUUCAUUUUCCAGUACAAAUGGGACAUUUUUUUCGCAGUUGAUAAGGGGUGUCCCAAAUGAAAGACUAGAUCAACUUUGUGGUUCAGUCAGUUUACAUGUAUGCAUCCUAGAAGGAGGGAGCUGAUGUGCUCAGACUGAAAUUUCGAUUGUCGCUUUGCGAAUGAGCAAAAGAAAAUUUAGUUUUAAUUGAUUUUGUGAUGGUCAUUCAAAAAGGUUUUGGCCAUUUUAUACAUAGAUUGUAGGACUGAACAUGUCAAACUUCAAUCAAUCUGUUUAUAUUGGACUUGUCAGUGACAGUCUAAGGUAAAGAUCCAUGAAAAAAGUCCUUAAGUGUUUUAUUGUAAUGAAAGGUAAGGAAAUAAGUCUUCCAUAGAAUUAGGAUGGUAAAUUAGGCCAACUUGUCAUGUCAUGUGUGCUAUGAUAGGUAGGCUUGACUAUGCUAUGCUAUAGGACAUUAUAGGAAGUAGGGUAAUGACAUGGAUUAUGCAUGUAUAUAACAUGUGGCACUGACCAGGAAAUCCUAUGUCAACAACAAACUUGAUGGGCCAUUACCAUAUAAGAUUGGCAUAAUGUCAUCUUUAUUCCAUUGAAAAACAAAACAAUUCAUGGAAGGCAGGAUGGAUUCUGAGAAGUCUCAACUGCUGUCUUCGUGAUGAGGAUACUAGGUGGGAAUGAGCAUCGAGAAGUUUUUGAUAAUUGUGUAACUGAACUCCAGCUUUCGCCAUGGAUAUGCUAAUAAACUGUCAACACCUCACCCUCGAAGAGAAACGCCGUAUUCUUGAGGUCCUACAGAGGGAUGACGCACUGCAGCAGACGGAACUGACCAAAGUACAGGCUCUCAAAGAAGAAGUCAAAGACAUUAGACAUCAGUCUGUCAUCAAAGCAGGCGACGAUCCCGAAAAGACAUGUGUCCGAUGUCGGGCAAGAUUUGGAUAUAUAUUCGACCGAGGAAACCUCUGUCCAAAAUGUCAUAGUAAAGUGUGUCAACAAUGCAUGAUGCAAUUUGAUACACCUGGGAGGUGGCUGUGUCGUCUCUGCUACAAACAGCGCGAGCUGGAUAAAGUCUCAGGAAACUGGCUGAAGAAGCAAGCCAAGAAGAAGGGUGUCAGCCGGGAACAAUUGGUGCCAGGGAGUGUACUGGUCAAGGCUUCCAUCAAGAAGGAGCUGGGAAUAUCAAGCAGUUACUGUACCUGUGGUAGUCAAACUGCUGGUGAUUGUUGCAAAUGUCUGAUAAAAUAUUCUGAGAAAAUUGAGAACAAAUCAGCAGCCGACGACCUCCGAGAGGCCCUUUCUAGUGACGGAUCACCAAUUUCGCAGCGCUCCCAUUUAUCAAGCCAAGAUGGCGGCUCGACAGGUGACACCAACAUAAAAGAAUCCGAAUCAUCCCGUGGCUUGUUCAGUGACUUAGUGAACUUUCGUGUGCCUGGCUCAACAAAUGCUGGGCAACAAAAUGGCGAGAUUAGGGUACAAAAGGCACGGUCUCGGCACCGGUCAGAAAGUAGUGAUAGUGACGAGGAAUUGCCAGAAAUGCCCGAUUUGAUUCCGAGUGGGAAACAGAAAAAAUCUGGUAGCCGGACUCCUGAAUACACUCAACAACAACAACAACAACAACGUUCUCCAGAUUACUCACCGCGAGGUAAUAAACCUAUAGACCGACAUUUAGAUCUCAAGAAUAUUCCACGUACGCGGAAAAAUGUGGGACCUGGAAGUAUGGCGUCGUCGCAGGAUGAAUUUGACGUGGAAGAUCUUACCAAAGUUAAAUUUCACCGGAUGUCGAAGCAUCGACCAGGGGACCGGACACCAUCACCGAGUGGUGGCGGUCACGCGCGGUCAUCUAGCGAUUCAGGUUCGGAUGAGUACCUCGAGGAUGACUAUACACUCAAUUAUUACAACCAAGAAUACCCAUCAGAAUCAUCCGAGGAUGAAUUACAAGAGAGUCACGAGUUCAGUGUCUAUGUUGGGAAUGCUUCCUUCGUCUACUGUAAAGACAAAGUUAACCAAGACGCGCCUACGCAGCUUAAUACUAACAUUCUUCCAACCCCUAAGAUUAUUCUCACUAAAGACACUGACAUGGAUGAUCAGGCUUUUGACCUUGACACUGGUGACUGUCAACUUCUAUUACCUGAAGGCCUUUUAGCUAACAAUAACAACAUACUUCAAGGUCAUUCUAAUGAUCCCCAAGCAAAGGUGAAGGUCAGGAAGCGCAAAGGCCCAGUUGGCACUGACAGGCAGCUUCUGUUACCUGAAGGUCAUUCUGCUGGCAAUCACAACAAAGGUCAUUUGAAUGAUCCCCACGCGAAGGUGAAGGUCAAGAAGCGUAAAAAUCACAAAAAGCCCCCACCUGUACAUACCCCAAAAGGUGACAGAAGUACUGUAUUUAAGAGGGCAGUAGUUAAUAUCAUGCGUGCUAGAAGCUUGUUGCUUUCCCAAGACAGCAGUGAUUCAGAGACAGACACUACUCAAGGAAGCCUCAGUAGCAUCAAGGAGGAGGAGUCCGAUCUAAGUGACCGAGAGGAGAUCUCACACCCAGAGUCUGGCUACAGCUCCUCCCUGUCCACGUCACAACCAAAAUCACAGGAAACAGAUUCUUCCGGACACAACCACCUCCAGAAACGUCUUAGCGAUGCAAGUGGAGUUUCGGUGCCUUCGAUAGAGGUCACACAUCCAAAUGAGCAUGACCCGUUCCUGAACAGACGCCAUGAACUAGCACCUCUCUCCCCUGACAGAAAAAAGGGUCCCAAAGACGAUGACGAAGACAUAGAUGAGCUUGUCAAAUCCCACAGGUCUACGUCAAGUCUCCUGACACCACAUGGGAGUGAUGCGGAUUCCAACUCCUCAAUCCACCAUGCAAGUUCUGUUGGGAGUAAGGAGAGCAUCACGAGUUACUACAGCGAUGCUGGAGAGGGCCUGUAUGGUAUGAUCCCGGUCGAGGGUGAGAUACAGUUUGGCUUAGACUACAACUACAAGACAGGGACAUUCAUCAUCAUCCUGCGACAGUGCCGGGAUCUGUCUUUAGCGGACCCGAAGAAGAAAAGAACAGACCCAUAUGUGAAGGUAUACUUGCUACCAGACAAAACCAGGACGGGCAAAAGGAAAUCAAAAGUCAAGAAGAAUACGAUAAACCCACAAUUUGAGGAACAAAUCAGGUACACCCUGUGUAAGAGUGAGUUGGAGAGUCGAACCCUUUGGAUCUCUGUCUGGCACAACGACACGUUCGGCCGCAAUGCGUUCCUUGGUGAAGUCUUGAUGCCGAUGGAUUACUACGAGUUCCAAGACCCCACCCCUGAGUGGCACCAACUACAAGAAAGGCCGCGCGAGAGAACUUCAUCUUUGGAACGAAUCACCCAAAAUCUUCCUAAAAAGUUGCUCGGGAAGAAACUCAGUGAUGAUCCAGUGAAACAGCCUUCUAUGUCCUUCCUCUCCUACAAGGGUGACCUGAUCGUCGCCAUGAAGUUUGUCCCACCGGAAGCGAUGAACAUAGUUGACGUGAGCCAGGUGGACAGUAAGGGCGAGCUCCACUGCUGCGUGAAGGAGGCAAGGAAUCUGACUGCUGUGAGGGCAAAUGGCCAUUCGGAUCCGUUUGUUAAAGGGUACCUUCUGCCCAACAAAAAUCGCAACAGCAAACAAAAGACACCAACGAUCAAAAAGAACUGUAACCCAAAAUGGAACCAUGUCCUUAAAUUUGAUGACGUCUCACUGGAGGAUCUGCCGAUGAAAUGCCUCGAGUUGACCGUCUGGGAUCAUGAUAGGAUUAGCAGUAACCAGUUCCUUGGGGGCACGAGGCUCAAUAUGGGACCAACCUCCCCAAAUGCCCUGGGUGACUGGAUGGAUGCAAAGGGCGAGGAGGUCUCAAUUUGGAGAGGGAUGCUGGAUCGACCAAACGUCUGGGUAGAGGGCAGCAUCAUGUUACGCCCAAAUAUGGACAGGCGUCACUGAGAUGGCAAUGAGAGACUUGAGUGCCUAAAUUACUUAAAGUUUAGUGAGGUUUAGAAACACACCAAGUUACCAAACUUACUUUAAUUCUGACUUCAAGAUGCAGCUACUAUGUUUAGUUUUAGCCAAAGGUUGGUGAUACAUAUUUCAGUAAGAACCUUGAGAUGGUUGCCUAAUGUCAACAUUGCCAUCAAGAGUAAAUAAAACUCUUAUGUAAUCUUAAUUACUCUUUAAAGCUUUUUAACGUUGCCAUGACGUUGGAGUCGAAGUUUGGUAACAUAGUAUGUUCCUAAACAUCGCUAAUGAAUCGUCAUGUGGACAGUGCUAGGUAAAAAUAUAGUGAGCUUUCAAAACUGCCCGGUUAGACUUACAACUAUAUUCAAUGACGACUCAUGUUUUGUGUAACAUGCCCGAGUGACAUAUGAAUCUCAGCUGAAUAAAAUCGUAGGCCUAUCCAGGGGUUGCACAAGCUCACUAUAUUCGAUUUCGAUUGGAGGAUGGGGCAACGGUGGGUUAUAAUUUGAAUGGUUUUGAAUGACCAAGAUUGAUAGAAAGGUGAAUAACCCUGAAUACAUUCCUUGUACUCUGUAUUAUAAGCAGAUUUCGGGUGUACAGUCACACCAGCGGCUGUCAUUGUUUAUCUUUUUGAAAAGUUUGUUUUCAAAAUGAGCUGUAUACCAAAAUCACAAAAUUUUAGUUGACGAAUAUGUGUUGUAUAUGGAUACUUAGAAACGGAUAACAGAAAUAAUGUGAUGUUAGUUAAAGUGGUGGUUUUCUAAACAUGUACAUACUCUGCAUCUCAUUUUGAAAACUGACCUUUCAAUUUGUUAUAAAAAUAUAGCUUCCAAAAUUAGUUUGAAGGAUUUACUUUCUCAAUGAGGAGAGUUGCCCUGUAUCAUAUGUUGUUCCCGGAGUUUUGUUCCAUGUACUCUACGUUGAAGUUCCUGUCAUAUUGUGGGCCGAGCGCUCACAAAGGGUUGGUCCAUAAAUAAACAUGUCGGACCGAUGCUUUUGCUGAGAUGGGCAUGGCUCUCAACCCAAGUCGCUUGUCCAUAAAAGGAGGUAUUUGAUAUCACGACCUGCGGUUGAGACUCAUUUUCAAAGGAUUUCAGAGAGGGGAGAACAUGAUUAUUUAUGGACUACUUUGAUUUUUCUGCUGCUAACCAUUUAAAGACCAAACAUUUUUUGUAUUUGCAAUAUUGAAAGUUAGAAGAACGGUCCGACAUGUUUUUUUAUGGACCACCCCUUUGUGAGCGCCCGGCCCACAUUAUUACUUUGGAUUAAGGCCCAAUGGCAACAUUUGUUGAAAAAUAAUAUGGGACACCUGAAUAGUUUCUACAAGUAUGAAUUGUCAUAAACUAUUGAUGUGACCAUUUGGUUAGCAAUUUCUGGUGACCCUAUUUUGGGUAAUUCAUUUCUAGUUGAAAAUUUUCUGGAUACGACCUUUGCAAAGUUAAUAUCACGUUCAGUGACUUUUCUUGGUCUUUCAUUGGUUCAGCUGUGUCUUGGUGAUACAACACCCAUUGUCUUUCACUGUGAACCUUUCACACGUUUAAAAUAUUGUUCUAUUAGCCUUUUAUAACAUGUUGUGUAAAUAUUAUGCUAUAUUUGUAAAUAGUAAAAAAAGGUCGAGUUUUGUUACAGUGAACCAAAAGAAAUAGAUGAAAGUAAUUAGAUUGUGAGGUAGGCAAUUAGACAUAAUUAGACUAUAGCAAUGUUGGAAAAAUCGUGGUCCUUGCUCAAUUAAUGAGUGGUCUUAUCUCUUCUUGAAUGACUGAAGGAAUUUCAUACACGUUUAUCACGGACUUAGCCAACAAACAGCUGACGAAACUAUUUGUGUUCAUGUUCAAAUUUGUUGAUAGCUUUUUUAUGUAGCAUUCAUAGGGCUUUUAUUGACUGUUUAAUGUUAACUGUUCAGGAUUAGUUGCAUAAUGAUACGAGGUUCACUGUAACAAAAUUUUGUUAACAUUGUAGAUAAUAGUGUCAUGAGGAAGUAUAAUGAGUAUUGUGAUGUACAUUGCAUCUAAGAAUCUUUGUGCUUUUGAUCAACUGUUUCGAAACUUAACCUCGGAACUGGACAUGAUCUGUUUUGGGUCCUGAAAGUUGCUCAGCACAUGCCAACAAGUAAGUUGUUAAAGGGGUACGCCGUUCAUGUUCAUUACUGGUAGCUCAGGAAAAUGGAAAUAUACAACACCCUUGUGUAGUUAUGUGCAUGCAAAUUUGCUGAAACUUGGUAUUUACAGUACUUUUAUAUUCUGUCUUCACAAUGGCAUUGCUGAAAUUCAUAUUCAGUAUGUAUUAACACGAUAGGAAAUUUUCAAAUUCAAUUACAAAUUUCUAAUUUUUGAUGAACAGCGUAAGCCCUUUAGCUUCUCCCUUAUGCUGACCAUCUUUGCUGAAAACCAUGUCAACACCUAUUUUGUGACUAAUUACCUGUUAUUACUGUAAAGUGUAACUUUCUUUUAUGUCAAAUUACUAAAACUUAAAUAUGAUGUUGAGAACAAACUCCAUUUUGAUACAGCAAAAUGUGAGAAAACCCUUCAGUAUUUUGGUGAUAGGUUUCAAAUAUUCGUUCCUGAUCAAUUUUAUUAGGCAAUAGUGACAAUCGUUUUCUUGUUUAUUGGUGAAAAUAGUAAAUAAAAUCGUAAAUAGAACUUGAUGGACAGAUUUAUGCACAUAGCUGGUAAAAAGAUGUCAUAAGUAAAUGGGACAAAUAUUUCCAGUUGUUUUUGUGAUGCUGUCAGUUUCCUGAAGGGGGUACUGGCCUUGUUUUAUUCGGAUUUGGUUCUUGUUGACAGGUGUAGCAAGGCUGUACCAACACAAUUUAAUGCUUGGCCUAGGCAUGUGAGGCAAAAACACUAGACUAGUAAAGAUUUAAAGAUUUUUUUCUUGAUUUUGUUUCAGUUGCUGUUCUUUGAUUCUUUGAUUUAUUAUUUUAAAUGAUAAAAACAUCUUGACAAAAAGUUACUAUUCCCAUUUUGUUUUAAUCUAAUACGCCUACAAUGUACCUGUUGAAUGUUAAUAUCUAAGAGACACAAGUCAUGUAUACUUUGUAUAUAUUUUGUUUUU